AUGAUGCGGCAGCAGAGCGCAGUCCCGCAGAACGCCUCUGACCCUUCUUAUGACAAUACGAAGGGAGACAGCAGUAUCCUCCGGUACAUUAAAAAGCUGACGACGCACCAGACAAAGGCAAAGCAGCAGCGCAUGGACCGAUACCUGCAGCACGUGAAACGCGCGCUGCCAGCUGAGGACUUUCCGUGUACCGUUUCAAAACCAGUUCGACUUGUGCCAGCAACUGGACAGCAACGAAGUCAGCAGUCAGACGGGGCAUCCGCGUUACCGCGUUUUGAAAAAGCACAGCAACAAAACAGCGGUUGCAGUCGAAAACAGGCGGCCGCGUUUCCAAGACCGAUCCACUCUCAGUCGCAGCCAAAGCGUCUGCGAAAAAGAAACAGUGAAGGAAAUAGACAGCAAAACAGGCGAAAACGAGCACGUGGCAAGCGGCAGACCACGACAAGCGGACCUUUGGAUCGAUUUAGGUGGAACGAUACUGCCUCGUCACAGAAUCAGGUGUCGUCGACAUGUGGUACGAAGGAAAGCUCCAGCGACAAAAUGGCUCCACUUGCUGCAGCUCCUCGUGAGACACGGCACAUUCAGUCGAUGCAGCUUCAACGCUCGACACUUGAGCCGCUGCGUACAAACUCUAGAGUCCGUACUGCUCGUGCCGACUCGACGUGGCUUCCUGUCCAGCCGCAAGAGCCACCUUCGGUGGUGGAUCCGUACUCAGUACCGGAUCCGACUCACGACCCAAGCAUCAGCGCGGCCCAUUCGACCAGCUUCCUAGCACAAGACAAAACGCCGCAAGACGGCAUCCGUGGUGCCUCGUCUCAGCACGGGAUGUUCGUCCCAACCCACGAUCCACUCAGUCGCAUCAUGGAGUCGAUUUACUUUUAA